CACAACCCAGUGCCCCCGUGAUGUUUAUUUUCUGUGUUUUGCAGUAGGAUCUGCUCUUUCAAAGGGUGUUCUCUCAGUCACCUGGUGAUGCCCUUUAUAAGUACCAGAACACUCUGCACAGCUAGAACAGAGAAGGUGGUGAAGAAUAUCCUUCCACAUGCCUAGAAUGAUGGCACUCCUGAAUAUCCUUAUGCUCACAGUAGGCCUCUUGGCCAGAAUUUUUCUUACAAUUUCUUCCUUAUGUAGGACUUUGUCCCUUGAGACUCAUUUGUCUUAUCCUGCCUUUCUUUCUUCUUCCUCCUCCUCCUUCUUCCUCCUUCUUCUCUUCCUCCUCCUUCUUCUCCUCUUUACCACUGAAUUAUAUCCCCAGCCCUUUUAUUUUUUUAAUUAUAGAUGGACACAAUACCUUUAUUUAUUUAUUUUUAUGUGGUGCUGAGGAUCAAACCCAGUGCCUCACACAUGCUAGACAAGUGUGCCACCACUGAGCCACAACCCAGCCCCACUAACCCUUCUUUUGAGAUGGGUUUUGCUAAGUUUCUUAGUGCCUAAGUUCCUGAGGUAGACCGAAUACUUGCCAUCCUUCUGCCUCAGCCAUCUGAGUUUCUGGAAUUAUAGGCAUGAGCUUCUGUACCUGACAUCCACCCCUGCCUUUUCUUACCUUCAGGCAUAUAUGCUUAUCUGUUGGAGUCCAGUUGAGAAGAGAUCAGGAGUUAGUUUCUUUCUCAUGGGGCUCCUGGGCUCCCAUGUAAAUCAGAGAAUGUGGCCUGACAUCUUUAAGGGCUCCUAAACUUAGUGUUACUGAUCAUUCCCCACAAACAUUUUAGGAUAGGUGGGCAGCUAUGUCCCCUGAGUGCCAGAGGAUCCAUAAGGAACAAUGGCAGCUCUACCCCAGACAGUAUUCCUUAUGUUAUUCACAUUUAUAACUAACAUUUGAAUAGCAGUAUCUAUUACAACAUGAUUUUCAUGUAAGUUAGCUCAUUUAACUCUGAGGCAGGGAUAAGUAUCUCAUUUCCAUUUUUCCAUUGAGGAAACUGAGCAUUAGAAACAUUAUGGUUGCAUAGAUAGAAAAGAACAGAACUUCCUUUUGCUCAUGCGUCAUUCAUAUCAAGCUACCGUCUUAUAAGGUGAUCAAAGGCCUUGUUUACUGUUCAACAGAGUUUAUAUCAGUUAUCAUAAUGGAGGAAAUUAAUAUUAGCAAGUUUUGGGGUGAAAUUAACAGGAUUGAAAAUCUAUGAUUUCAUUUAUAUUUAGGAAUCCUUGCUGCUCUGUAGGUUUGUAUCAACUGUAAACAGUUUUUAUAACACAUAUACACACACAUAUACACACACACACACAUACAAACAUAUAUUUUUAUAUUGCUCUUUUUCUCAGAGCCACAAUGGAUACUGCUAGCCAUAGCCUUGUCCUUCUGCAGCAGCUGAACAUGCAGCGAGAAUUUGGUUUUCUAUGUGAUUGCACAGUUGCUAUUGGAGAUGUUUACUUCAAAGCCCAUAGAGCAGUGCUUGCUGCUUUUUCUAACUAUUUCAAGAUGAUAUUUAUUCACCAAACAAGUGAAUGCAUAAAAAUCCAACCAACCGACAUUCAACCUGACAUAUUCAGCUAUUUGUUACAUAUUAUGUACACGGGGAAAGGGCCAAAACAGAUUGUGGAUCAUAGUCGUUUGGAGGAAGGGAUUCGAUUUCUUCAUGCCGACUACCUUUCUCACAUUGCAACUGAAAUGAAUCAAGUGUUCUCACCAGAGACUGUGCAGUCCUCAAACUUAUACGGCAUUCAGAUUUCAACAACCCAAAAAACAACUGUGAAACAAGGGCUGGAGGUCAAGGAAACUCCUUCCAAUAACAAUGGAAACAGAGCUGCUGUCCAGAGUGACCACCCUCAGUUGCAGCUGUCUCUUGCUAUUGGGCUUGAUGAUGGCACUACAGACCAGCAGAGAGUUCAUCCUGCUGCCCAGGCCUUGGAGGAGCACCAGAAACCCCCGGUGUCCAUCAAGCAGGAGAGAUGUGAUCCAGAAUCUGUGAUCCCCCAGAGCCACCCCUCACCCUCAUCAGAGGUAACAGGUCUCUCUUUUACAGAAAACAGUGUCAAAAUACAUUUAUGCCAUUACUGUGGGGAACGUUUUGAUUCCCGUAGUAACUUAAGACAACAUCUCCAUACCCAUGUGUCUGGAUCCCUUCCAUUUGGUGUCCCUGCUUCCAUUCUGGAAAGUAAUGAUCUUGGAGAAGUACAUCCACUUAAUGAAAAUAGCGAGGUUCUUGAAUGCCACAGGCUCAGUUCCUUUAUUGUCAAGGAGAAUGAGCAGCCGCCUGAACACUCAAAUCGUGAUACCUCAGAGCCUUUGCAGAUUAGUCAAGUAUCUUUGAUCUCCAAAGAUACAGAGCCAGUAGAAUUAAACUGUAAUUUUUCUUUUUCAAGGAAAAGAAAAAUCAGUUGUACCAUCUGUGGUCAUAAAUUUCUUAGAAAGAGUCAAUUGCUGGAACACAUGUAUACACACAAAGGUAAAUCUUACAGAUAUAACCGAUGCCAAAGGUUUGGUAAUGCAUUGGCCCAGAGAUUUCAGCCAUACUGUGACAACUGGUCUGAUGUACCUGUGAAAAGUUCUUGCUUAUCACAAGAACACUUGGACUUGCCUUGUGCCUUAGAGUCAGAGCUCACACAAGAAAAUGUUGACACUAUCCUUGUUGAAUAGCAACUCCUCCUACAGAAUUUUUAUACCAAUCCUGAAAAAAAAUUCAUGUGUUAUUUUUUGUUUAUGAAUUAUUUUCCUUCUCAAGUGCUUGACUUUUUUUGUAAUCCAGUUUUUAAGGUUGUAUAUAUUAGGUCUUACAAGACAUGCCUAUUAAAAUGUAACCUUCAGUUAAUCCUAUGAACUUCUCAUAAAUUAAAUCUCAGUUUAGAAAUCAGAAAUCAGUGUGGAAAUUUAUAGAAACUUAGAAUCUAAGUUUUUCCAGGUUUCAGAAUCAGUAAAAUAAAAUAGAAUAUGAAAUCUGUUUUAAAGAAUAUUCUAGGGGCUGGGGAUAUAGCUCAUUGGUAGAGUGCUUGCCUAAUAUGUGCAAGGCCCUAGGUUCAAUCCCCAGCACUGCUAAAAAUAAUAUUCUAAACUAUCAUUCAUGGCUUAUGUUUCAUAUGAAUUUAGUCCCUAUGAGGAUUAUUUUAAAAUAUUUUCUGCCAUGUAGGAAAUUAGUAGCUAAUUUAAUACAUAAUUAUCAAUAAUACAUAUAUUUGUCUUUUUAGAAUUUUCCCCACUUUUUUUUAUUGGUGCAUUAGAGUUGUACGUAAUGAUGGAAUUUGUUGUUACAUAUUCAUACAUACACAAAUAUAACAAUAUAAUUUGGCCAGUAUCACUCCCCAGCACUUCCUCACUUCCUUACCAUCUCCCACCCCUUAGUUCUUUUCCUCUAUUGAUCUCCCUUUGACUUCCAUGAGAUCUGCCCCAACCUUUCUUUUCCUUUUUCUUCUCUAGCUUAUGCGUAUGAGAGAAAACAUAGGUCCCUUGACCUUCUGAGUUUGACUUUACUUAACAUAAUGACAUCUAGCUCCAUCCAUUUUCCUUCAAAUUACAUAAUGUAAUUUUUCUUUAUGACUGAAAUAUAUAGUAUAUAGGAUUAAGACGUGGCUAUACUGAAUCAUGAGUAAUUUUGUUGUUGUUGGGUAUUUUUGGUUUUUUUUGGUACCAGGGAUUGAACCCAGGGGCACUUAACCACUGAGCCACAUUCCCAACCCUUUUUUUUGAGACAAGGUCUUGCAAAAUUGCAAAAG